CAAAUCAACAAACGAGUGGAGGCAGUGUUUAUUCCAAAAUAAUUCCUUUGUUGUGUUUAUAACUGUAUUAAUGAAUGGAUUAGGCAAAGUUAAUUGAACAAAUACUGUGUGAGUGCGUUGAGUGAAAAUUGGAACCGUUCCUUGGUGGUUAUUGUUAGUUUUCUUCACUGGAAAGGAUACAACGUGUAUCGGUGGAACAACUCUCAGUUAUAAUUAACGGUGUGAACAUCUCCGAUACAGGCGUAUGAUCGUGCGGUGAGCGAUCUCGGCCGAUCGUAGUCGGUCGAAAUCGUUAACCAGUCUCAUCAAACUGCCGUCAUGACACUACAUUGGUGGAUGCACUGGUUCUGGGUGACAGCGCUGCUCACCAUCCACGCGAGCAGCGGGCGGAGCUUCGCAGCGCCCCAAUCCGAAGAGUUGCAGCACAUUAGCGCUGACACGGAGCUGGACCGACGACUCUCAGAGCGACAGGGCCGAGCCAUGUACUACACCAAGACACCAGUCAUCACGCAGACCUCAAACACGACAGACAACCAAACAGACAGACCACCAGAAAUUAUAGUCACAAACACAACAGACCCAAAUAAGACGGAAGAAAUAGUGCACCCUGCCAUUCAGUGGACGGCAGUCAACAUCACAGAUAUGAGUAACGUUACUCAAGCCCCUAGUAUAAACGUGACAGCCGCUCCGUUCACGAAUUUGACGGAAACGCAGAACACCACGUUCGCGUCCAAAAAGAGGAAUCUGACCAGACCAGACUUCGUGAAGGACGGUGGAGGGAAUGUGGCAGAAAGUCGAAUAGUGACAGAGAAACCUUUGUCACUGGAGACCACGUUUUUGCAGACUAGGAUACCACCGAACGUGGAAUCUUCUAGAAGGGUGAUAGACCAAGGAGAAGGGGGGAUGGAUACUGGAGCUAUAGCUGGCAUAUCGUUUGCUGCGCUGGUUCUCGCAGCUUUAGCUGGAAGCACUGCCUUCGUGCUGUAUCGACGGAGGUAUCUGAACAAGCCCCAGACUUUGAAUGACAAAUGCUCGAAUCCCGAUUCGAGUGGAUAUCUUGAUGACAGUACUAUAAGAGAUAACUCCGAAGAGAUGUACAGCCUGGACAACGAUUCGUUCCUCAAUUCCCUAGAAGCGAUGACCAUUCAGAACUACUGGACGGACACCGUCAAACACACCAAACUGUGAUCUCGCACCUAGUGACGUCACAAAAUGGCGACCAGGAAUUAAUAACAAGAUGGUGACGACAUGACAUUAUGACGUCAUCACGACUUUACUCCUAUGUACUGUCAAUGAUUAGAAAGGAAUUGACAUGGAUUAAAUUAGAUUGACAGAUGAUAUAUCUACCAUCACAGUUUAGAUAAGAUAGACAAAUCCUCGUGUGAACGAUGGCACCGUCUGAUUGAUUUGACAUAUUUAAAUUAUUGAAAUAUAACAUGAGAUGACAUUUAAUUUGAUGAAAUCGUCGAUAGAAGUAUUUUUAUAAUUCUCCGUAAUUAUGUAUUUGGAACUUCUUUUAUUAUAUUAAUAAAUUUAUCAAUUUCUAAUUUAAAAUCUUGAUAACCAAAGCAACAAAACAAAUUACAUAAUCUUGAAUUUUUAUUUGAUUGAAUGACUAUCGACAUAAUUUGACAGUUGUAAGACUUAUGAAAAAGUGACAAAUUAGUGAAAGAAAUCUUAAUGAAAACCUCAAUAGGCCUAGAAACUUAUAUGAAAGGACUUGAAUGAUAACCCCGACUUGAGACCGACCAGUGUACAUUGACUCUCAAAUGACUUUAUUUUUAAUGGACUUGGACAGCAAUAAUUAGAGAAGAGGUUUGACAUCAUCAACAGUUUUAAAUAUUUCUUUAAUUUACUUCCAGAAUUUUACUUGGUAUGGAAAUUAGCUUGUCUUUAUAUUAUGAUUUAUUUAGGUAUAAAGCUACUGUUCUAAACUGAGUUUAGUACAGAGCUUGCCAAUAAAUCCUACUUCCCACUUUUUUUUACAGUUGGCGCCAAUUGUCAACCGCCAUGUUUUAUAAAUUGUCAUUUUACGUUUAGAAACUGUUGAUGAAAGUAUAAUAGAAAUGACAAAUGGAGUAAAUUGAGACAUGACAAAAAUCUUCAACUUUUCUAUAUUUGAUUGAGUGUAAAUUUUAAAUAGUUUAUAGGCAUGAUGCAAUUAAGAUAAAGUUAUUAAUAUUUUUAAUAAAUACAUACAUGUAGUUUUUAAUUUAUACUAGAUUUUAGUCUAUGUUUUUGUCAUAAACUUGUAAAUACAUAAUCAUUGUUGUGAUAAUUUUCGUUAGAUCGUUACUUUUUAGAUAAAUGUAGUAAUUUUUAAUGCUUGCCUUGAUAAUGGAAAAAUAGACGUUCUUGCCAUUACAAUAAGAACCACAUUUCAAUGAGCAAAUGUUAAAAAGUAUUGCAUAAAGAGACGUACAGAUGUUGCAAUUGAAUGUCGCUGAAAAUAAUUUAUAAAUUAUAAUCGUGACAUUAUAAUCGCAAUGUGUGUUUGGUAGUACAUCUUGUCCCAGUAGAUUAUACAUGUAUGUGUAAAAUUUGAUAUUUUUGUAAUAUUCCCUUUGUGUGAAGUUUAAGCAGAAAUACUGUAUUAGAGAUUUAUGAAUUACAAAAAAAAAAUACUUCAACUUUUUCGGGCACAUUCUGAAGAAAAUUUCCGCUACAAAAAAUCUAAUGAAUUGAAACUUGAUAGACAAAUGGUUUGGUCUGUAGUAAAGUUUCUAAUACAGAUUUAUGUACUGAACUUGUAGGUUGUAAGAUUGAAGAUUACUAUUCUUUAAAGAUUUUCCAAAUAAAUUCCACCAUCAAUAUUCAUGUAACAUAGUUUAUAAGCACCAUUCACGGGUAAGACAAUCGAAAUUUUAUGCCACACAAAAAUAUUUGAUAAAAAAUAUAAUGAAGCAUAAAAAGAGUGAUAAUUUUGUCACUUGAAGAAUGGCUUACCGUGAAUGGGAGAGCUUUAGACGUAAGAAUGUGAUCUCAAUAUAUCAUUUUUAAAUAAGCGUGGAAUGUCUGUGUGUAUUAGCUUUAAAAUCUCCAAUUUACUUUUUUAUAAUGUAAUCAAAACUGUUAACAAAUAUUUAACGCAUACAUAUGCAUAGAAUUUUUUUAUCCGACAGCUGUGUGUUCGGAUUUCAAAACUUUCAUUUUUUCUCUAUUUUUACUGAUUUCAUGAAAUUAUUAUAUUGCAAUUCAAUGUUUUAACAAAUCUGAUAAAAUGUAUAUUUUUAUUCAUUAUGAAUGUUGACACAUUUCCAAAUCUUUAAGUCUAUGUUUUUAUGGUUUUAUGAAUAUUUUAAUGGUGAUUGUAUGUCCGUCCAUUGAUUGAGAUUUUUUUCUUUGUUUUUAUUAAUUGGCAAUGUUUUAACUACCAAUAAAUCGGAAAUUAAAAAUUGAAAAUAUAAGCAACGCAUUUAUCUCUCAUCAUCAGUCAUAUCAAUUUAAUGUAAAUAAUAUUUCUGAUAUGUGUGUAAUAAUAAAUGUCGUGUGAAGUUAUUCAAGGAGUUUUUAUAACAUAUUUAACAUUAUUUAGUCUGGCAGUUCCGAUGCCUUUUGUAAAUUACUGAUGAGCUAACUUAGCGUUCCAUUGGUAAGACCUAAACCAUAUCGAGGGAUAUAGCCGUGAGUAACUUAAUAACCAUGCCAAUCUAUCCAGAUUCACGAAAAUGGUUUAUCAAUGGAACGCUAAUAAUGGCCUCUUUUGAAUUGCGUAGAUUAGGUAAUUUUGAGCUUAAUCAGAAAAUAUAUUCGUAACUAGAAUGAAGUAUUAAAAAGUGAGAAUAACUUCUAGUGUGAAAGUAUAUGUCAUUGGAACUACCAGCACCAUAUUCCUUGUAAAAAAAAUAUUAGUGUACUUUAAUUUUUUUAAUACCUAAUACUGAUGUGUUGUGAGAUACAUAUUUUAAUAGUUUUUGAAACUAUCCAUAGUAACCUGUACUUAUAAUAGAUGCCAUAGAUUUGUUUUAAUUGUGAAAAUUAAAGGCCUGCUAAUACCAGGGACAGCCGAUAUCAUACCUCCUUUUUAGAUGAAGAAUGUAUGUCUAUGGCUGUCCCUAGUGUGCGCUGGACUUAAAAUAUUUAAAGUUCCCAGUACAAGGUGCUAGGAGAUUUUAUGUCUGUAGAUUGAAACGUAAGAACCCCCAAUUUAUGUAGAUCACAGUAAUGUGUUUGGUUUAUAAGCCAAAAUAUAGUAAUACUUUAGUAUCAUUAAAUAUAUUUUUACUUGGAA